AGAUGUCCAAAAGAAGACACUGGGGCUGAAAAAACUGAAGUCCUGAGUGAAGAUCUGUUACAGGUGGAGAAGCGUUUGGAACUCGUGAAGCAGGUCUCCCACAGCACACACAAGAAGCUGACUGCAUGUCUUCAGGGGCAGCAAGGAUCAGAUUCUGAUAAGCGCUCGAAGAAAUUGCCUUUGACGUCACUUGCCCAAUGCUUGAUGGAAGGUUCUGCUAUCCUAGGGGACGACUCCCUGCUGGGGAAGAUGCUGAAGCUAUGCGGGGAAGCAGAGGACAAGCUAGCCCAAGAGCUCAUCCAUUUUGAGCUGCAAGUUGAAAGGGAUGUGAUUGAGCCUCUCUUCGUAUUGGCUGAGGUAGAAAUACCGAAUAUUCAAAAACAGAGGAAGCACUUAGCAAAAUUAGUUCUGGACAUGGAUUCAUCAAAGACAAGGUGGCAGCAGUCAGCCAAGUCUUCAGGUUUGUCGAGCAACUUGCAGCCUACGGGUGCCAAAGCAGAUGCUCUCAGGGAAGAGAUGGAAGAGGCAGCAAACAGAGUGGAGAUUUGCAGGGAUCAGCUAUCAGCUGACAUGUACAAUUUUGUGGCCAAAGAGAUUGACUAUGCAAACUAUUUCCAGACUUUAAUAGAAGUGCAGGCAGAGUACCACAGAAAGUCAUUAGCGCUUUUACAGAGUGUGUUGCCUCAGAUCAAAGCACAGCAGGAAGCUUGGAUUGAAAAGCCCUCCUUUGGGAAGCCCCUGGAGGAGCACCUUGCAGUCAGCGGCCGGGAGAUUGCCUUCCCCAUUGAGGCAUGUGUCACCAUGCUCCUCGAAUGUGGCAUGCAAGAGGAGGGCCUCUUCCGAGUGGCUCCCUCAGCCUCGAAACUAAAGAAGCUAAAGGCAGCGCUCGACUGCUGUGUGGUAGACGUUCAGGAGUACUCAGCCGAUCCCCAUGCCAUUGCAGGGGCACUGAAGUCUUAUCUACGAGAGCUGCCCGAACCACUCAUGACCUUUGAACUCUACGAAGAAUGGAUUCAAGCCUCCAACAUCCAGGACCAAGACAAGAGGUUGCAGGCCCUGUGGAACGCCCUUGAGAAGUUGCCCAAGGCCAACUACAACAAUCUAAGGUACCUGAUCAAAUUCCUUGCAAACUUAACAGAGUUCCAGGAUGCAAACAAAAUGACGCCAAGCAACAUAGCGAUUGUGCUAGGGCCAAACCUCCUCUGGCCUCAGACGGAAGGGAAUAUCACAGAGAUGAUGGCAACCGUCUCCCUGCAGAUUGUUGCAAUUAUUGAACCCCUCAUCCAGCAUGCAGAUUGGUUCUUUCCAGGAGACAUUGAGUUCAACUUGACCGGCAACUAUGGCAGCCCUGUGCAUGUGAACCACAAUGCAAAUUACAAUUCCAUGCCGUCGCCUGAUAUGGACCACACCGACCGCAAGCAUCUAGAUCAGACCCGGCGACCGCUCAGUGUGGCCACUGACAACAUGAUGCUGGAGUUCUACAAGAAGGAUGGCCUUAGGAAAAUUCAAAGCAUGGGCGUCCGGGUGAUGGACACCUCUUGGGUGGCUCGCAGAGGCACCUCCAUAGUUCGUAAGGCAUCCUCCACCCCUCCUGCCAUGCAGCCCCCUGCUCCGCCUUCCGAUCUUCCUGCUACUCCUCAGUCACCAAUUCCUGAGCAAUCUCUUGACAUGUCAGCUACUCCCUCCCCUACUCCAACUAGCUUCAGUCUCCCAUCAGGGACAGAGCGAGCAAGCACGGAUGGUGUGUCGUCUAGUUGGUCGGAUUCCUGUUACAUCUACCCAUCCCCUGAGGACAACAAGCCUCCCUCAUACCCCUGCUACUCAUCUUUCCACCCCUAUCACCCCAAGACUAGCCCAUGCACUAGGCCUGAGCCUCCCUUGCCACUCUACCGGUGGUCAGGGUACAGCCAAACCCUGCCUCCUCAUUCUUCCUCUUCCUCCCCCUCCCCUCAGCAGCUUGACAUUAACUCUAACCCUAAACCGUAUUUCCUGCAUCUCCCUAAGCAGAGCUCCUUCACAGAGUUGCAUGGUUCUCCUGAGACUAACCUGUCCUCUGUCUACAUGAAACCCCUCCUCACCUUAUCCAAACCCGAUCCUCCUGGCACUCCUCACAGCUCCCAUGUGUCAGUCUCUCCCCCCUGGGUCAGCUGCAUCUGUGCCAGAGACAGAGGAGCCGGGCUCACUAGCACGUUAAAAACCAAGGAGCCGUCUCCCGGGUCUGGGCAGAAGAGCAGCCCGGCUUGUGGACAGGUGACACCAUGUGUUGGGACUAUCCCACAGCCACCUGGUCCCACGCAGCAGCUGUCCACAGAACAGAGCCCACACACCUUGCGGAAAGUUUCGAAGAAGCUGGCCCCCAUUCCUGCCAAGGUUCCCUAUGGCCAGUUAGGUGGUAUGUCCGAUCAGUCCACAGGGCAGCCAUCCCCUGCCAGUCUCUCUCCUACCCCACCAAGCACUCCAUCACCCUAUGGACUAAGUUAUCCACCAGGCUACUCCCUGGGCUCAGGCCCACUCUCCCCAGCCGCUGCUCCUUCCUUGUCUUCUCCUCCUUCAUUGACAAGCACUUUAACCAAAUCUCGCCCCACCCCCAAACCACGGCAGAGGCCCACGCUGCCACCUCCACAGCCUCCCACAUCAAAUGCGUCUGGCUCUAGUCCACAGUCCACGGAGCACACCAUACUAGACGGCAUGUCACCCGGGGAGAGCAUGUCCACAGAUCUUGUCCAUCUUGAUAUCCCUUCAAUCCAUGUAGAGGUUGAUGCCACCGCGCUCCACCUGGACCCAGUGGGACAAGUCCAGAGACAUCCAGUACCAGGAAAAAUCAGUGCAGAGGAGGAUUCAGAAAGCACUGCUCUAUGACAUGAAAUCCCAUCCUGCUUCCUCUAAUGUUUUCUCUUGUACAUAUCGGUGCCCUGCAAACACGACCGAAGGAGAUGUGUCCAGAGACGUGGCCGGUGAGGGCAGGGGGGUGGGGGUUGUUUCUUCUGGAGUUCCACUUGCCCAGCCGCGGGCAGAAGACGGACAGCCCUGUGGGCCUGGUGCUAUGCCUGUCUCUGUGGCAAAAGGACAUGGCCAGUGCAAUUUCUGUUUAAUUUAUUUUUCUCCUGUUUGUUUAGCCUUAUCCAAAUUUUGCCUUUUUGACGUGGUGCCUAUUUAUCUCCCUUACAAGCAUUUGAACCCUUAUUUUAAAAAAAAUUAAAAUCGGCUCCCUUGGCCCUAUCUGGAGAUGGAGAGACCUCUUUCUCUCUCUCUCUCUCUCUCCUGUAAAUGAGCCAAGCAGUGCCCCCCCAUCCUGUUUUGGAGGGGAAGGGGAGCCAUUGAGGGUUGUCAGAGUUCUUUGUAUCUGGAAGCCUCCAAAGGAAAGAUCAUUGGGCUUUUUGGUGAUCUUUUAUGAUCUCAUUUCCUCUGCUGUCAACUCUGCCCCUCUUCCCUUUCUCCCUUCCCUUCAUUUGCUUGAUUCCCUGUGAUUGGCAGGGAGAAGCUCAUGGAAAGGAAUGAAAAAGGACUCUGGGAAAAAUAAGAACAUUUUGCUGUAAUCCGAAGUGGGAAGGGAGUGGGAAGUGUGACUUGAGGUGGGUGAUGCCUCACUUAUGUAGAGAAGUGGUUAUUUGAUUAGCAAUAAAAAUACUCCUAAGCACA